AUGUCAGACAUAAAAAAAAGUCCAGAAUUUGACGUUGCUGCUAAAGAAUUCGAAGAACUCGUAAAGAAAUAUAGUCUUCCUAAUGAAGAAAAGUUGGAAGGAUAUGCUUUAUUCAAGCAAGGGAGUGUAGGAGAUAACACCAAAGCUGCACCAGGAUUUUUAAGUGCAAUGUCAGAUAAAGCCAAGUCUUGUUAUAUUAAUUAUACUGGAAAUAAAUCAGGUACAUCUCCCGAGGAUGCACAAGCUCAAUACAUUGCUUAUGUCGCAAAACUUAAGAAACAAUAUGAAGGUUCCGCAUAA